AUGAGGUUUACUGGAGCUGGCGCGACAUCGAGGAAGGGCGCAAAGGGUGCGUGCGGCGUGGACGUGUCGGGGUGGGUGCAGGUCCGAGGCGACGCUCCUGGCGGCGCUCGCAAGGGGACAAACAAGAACUGCGUGCGGCAAAGUGUUUAUGCCUCAGCCGUAAAUGUUGAUGCUUUGCUGUACCUUGUUAACGACUUUUGUUCGGCAGUGACGGUGACAAAGAAGGAGCUCCGCAGCAGCGCAGGUUUGGGAAGGCUGACGGAUCCGUCUGUUUGGGCGGAAUUGGAAGCACUGUACAGUAACUGCCAGAACGUGGUUACAUGGGUACGUACCUUCCAGGCUGCCAAAAUCUACCCCGGUACCUCUAGGGAAAGUGGCACUCCAUUCACCGAUACCACUAUGGGCGAGGUCGAGUGGAUUAACGGGGAUCUUGCGAUGCAGAAAUAG